UAAGUCCGUUCCAUACCACAAUGACAUUGUUUCUAAAAAGCAGAAUGGCGGCAUUUUACCGCUUGUUCCUGAUGUCCGUGGUGGGCGUCAUAGUUCCGCACGCGACUGCCGUUUCUCCGCAACCUCCAUGCACGUUUAUAGGGAACGCCGCGCAUUGCCAAGAUGUCACCGACACGAACUUCGCUGCCAUCAUUGGACUGAUCCCAGAGCAGGCAGUGUCUGUAACGCUUGAAGGGUCAUUCCGAACCGUUGCCAAAGGUACGUUCAAAAACGCCAUUUUCGCUGCGUCACUCCGACAUCUCGAACUAGCCAGUGCAGCGCUGAGGGUGAUUGAAGAAGAUGGCUUGAUGGGACUGGUCAACCUCACCACCCUAAAAGCUUCUGAUAACAACAUUGCUAAUCUAACAAUGGAUCUAUGUACUGCACUUCCACAACUGACAACUUUGGUCCUUGAGAAAACAAAAAUAGCCGACGUUAACCCGAUUACGUUUACGGCGUGUCCUGGUCUCCGUGAGUUAAACUUGGCAAACAAUCUUCUGCAGAAAUUGGGGAAUGGAACUUUUAAAAACCAAGACCAACUUAAAUCGCUCGACUUGUCCGGAAAUAACUUGGCAGAAGUUUCUUUGGACACGUUCCAAGGACUGCGUCAUCUUGAGAGCCUCAACCUCUCAGACAACCCUCGCCUCGGAAUCAAUCUACACCCGGGGACUUUGGCGUCGAUUCCAAACGUAACUUCACUUUCGAUUGGUCAUAUCACGGACACAGGCAAUUUGAACAACGGGCUUUUGGCAAAUUUAGAGAACAUCAUCAAGUUAGAUAUAAGUGAAAAUAACAUUUCCAGUUUUGACUCUAUCAACAUGACGUCAUUCAAGGAUUCGUUGAGGGAACUAGUCUACGACAACAAUAGUUUUGGUGCUUCGGGUCAUGUAAACCAAGCAACUUUCCAAGACUUUAACCUAACAUUACUCUCAUUAAAACAUUGUAGAAUCGAAACAAUAGUCCCUUUCAGCUUUGUAAAACUUUCGAACCUCGUGACCCUUGACCUCAGCGGAAAUUAUCUCAGAUAUCUAACUCCGCAGACGUUCGCUGGGCUGAUUCGUUUACAAUCCUUGACCGUCGUCAGAUGCAACCUCCUCGCACUACAUACGGACACUUUCGAUUCGUUGUUGAAACUAGAGGAGCUCCAUCUGGAGGACAACAGCUUGACAACUUUGACUCCUGAAGACUUCAGAAAUAUGACUGGGCCUUUGUCACGUGGAGUUCACGUGGAUCGUAAUCCAUGGCUCUGUGAUUGUCGUUUCGCAGAUUUCAAACGUUUCCUCGAGAGCACCUCGUUCCCCGUCAACGUCACUUGUUCUGAACCAGCCUCACUUUCAAACAAGGAUUUGAUGAGUGUUCAUUAUUCCGAGUUCGAGAACUGCUCUGCUCCCACGAUUAAAGACUGCUGCAGCGAAGAGUUAGCACUAAACAGUGGCGAUACGGCUGUGUUUCAAUGCCAAGUGUCGGGCAUACCAACACCGGGAGUGAAGUUCGGGAUGGUGUCCGGGGAUCUGCCAAGGAAUCGGACAUUCCUUUCUCACAUCGGUAGCAAAUACACGCUUUCCAUUGUCAAUGUGCAAUAUGGCGACAGUGGCGACAUCUUUUGUCUCGCCUCAGAUUUCCUCAGCAAAGAAAACCGAACCAAAACCUACCAUUUAUCGGUGAAAACGUGCGAUGUCCCCAAGCAUUGCACAUGCGACACCUUGACCGAUGGAAAACGCAGCAUUGAUUGUAGAAUGGUUACGUUUGAUACAUUUGAGCAGGUUAUUGUGCAACUUCCGGUCGCUACGGAGAAACUGGUUUUCAGCGGUGACGUCAGAACGUUGAAAGACAAUUUCCUUCACUCUUUACCGAACGUUGAAUCCUUGAACAUGGGCGACUGCAACAUCACCAUAAUAGAAUCGAACGCCUUUUCCAACACUGGUAACCUCAGAACGCUCACACUACCUGGAAACUAUAUUGAGGUGAUCCCUGACAAUCUCUGUGCCGCCGAUGCGUUAGCUAAUUUGACCUAUUUGACUUUGGACUCAAACCAGUUGACUUCCGUAUCCGCCGAACAACUUAAUACGUGCCAGGGACUAUUUUCGUUAGACUUGAGUGGAAAUUCUAUUAAGAAUUUCACCAAGGUCAUCCUACUGAAGUUAAAAGAGCUCAACCUUGGCAAUAACAAACUACAAGAUGUCACUGCUGAUAUAUUCGAUAACCUCCCGGAACUUGUCAAUCUCGACCUAGGACGUAAUUAUGGUUUAUUUGGGCGGGAAGACGUCAUGCCGUUCACGAACCUCCGAAACCUCCAAUAUCUAACCUUGAGUAAAGUCACAGCGGACGGAAAAUUCCCAGAGUGGGUAUUCCAUGGGCUGCAGAGUGUGAUGCAGCUUGCGUUAAGUGGGAAUGGAAUCAGCUGCAUGCAGUGUAUCAACUGGGGUCCAGUCAGUAUCAGUCUACGCAGUCUUGACCUCAGCAGGAACAGUUUCGUGGAACUCUUAGCAAACGAUUUCACGGUCUUCGGUAACCUUGAAACAGUAGACCUUGGUAGUUGCAGCAUCGGUAGCAUUGCACCAGGCUCAUUCUGGGGGCUAAGGUCCCUCGGAAGUCUCACCCUUGAGAAUAAUCCACUCCGGAUCUUGAAGGAUAAAACAUUCUUUGGUCUCACAGGUUUACUGACUCUGAACUUGCGCAAUUGUGGAAUCACAGGCAUAGAAACAGAGGUCUUUACUGAUGUUCCAAAUCUGAAGCGUCUAAACCUCCAUAGCAACGCACUUAAAACCAUCCAAACCGAGGCUUUUUCGCGUCUGACCUUGACAACAAUAGACUUUGAUAUCUUCCGGAAUCCGUUUGUUUGUGAUUGCGCAAUGUAUGACGUCAAGCAAUGGAUUCUAGACACACAAGCGAGUAUGGACAUCAUAUGUACAAGCCCGGAAGCAUUAAAGGAAAAGAACAUCCGUCAAAUACCAGACGAGCAGUUCGUUGAAGGAUGCUUAGCGCCCUCUAUAAGUAAAUGCUGUACAUGGAAAUACGAAGUACCGUUAGGAACAAAUCUAACGUUGAAAUGCCGGGCGGAGGGAACCCCGAAACCUAACAUCACCUACGUCGUAGAUUAUGGAAACCCCCUCCCAGAAAACCAGACAUUCUACUCCGAAGACAAAAAGGAAGUGAACAUUCACAGCAUCCGGUCAGAGAAUGCCGGGACUUUCCGCUGUGUUGCAAAGAAUAAGAUGGGCAGUAGUUUCAAUAAGUACACAAUAGAGGUCAGUCGUGAUUACACACCGCCCACUGACGACCACUUGGCAGGACAUACGGCCACCUAUGUUGGGGUUGGCGUAGCCGUGACUGUUAUUAUAAUUGUUGUCAUCAUGUUAGUGUUUUACAUACGGUUGCGCCAGAAGCGUCAUCAGCACCAGGCGAUUCUCUUGAAUAAUAUGAAUUAACAGUUUA